AUCUAUCUAUCCAUCCACGAACAACCAUGUAAGCACGAGCCAUAGAAUGUGACCCACACAACCCUGAAAGCUAUAACGGCCUCAAAUUAACUACCAUCUCAAAAGCCACGCCCAAAAAGUGAAAUCUUGAAAUUUUAUAAUAAAAAUAAAAGAAAAGGAAGAGAAAAUUCGCAAGCAACAGAGAGAUAGAGAUGCUAAGCAGAACAGCUGUAGUCUCUUCCUCUGUGUCAGUACCUGCUGUUGUUUCUCGUACAAUCCCCAAAUUCUUGGGCCUUAAGAGGUUCUCUCUCUAUUCUUUUGCUGUACCAAACACCAAAUGGAACCUUCAUUUUAAGUUAAACAAUAGUAGAAAGAGUUCAAGGAUGGAGACCAGAGCAUCCACUCAGCCUUUGAAGAACGCUGAUGAGCUUAUUGACUAUGUAGAGACCUUUAUCUUUGAUUGUGAUGGAGUUAUAUGGAAAGGAGAUAAAUUGAUUGAUGGGGUCCCUGAAACUCUUGAUAUGCUUCGUUCAAGGGGCAAGAGAUUAGUUUUUGUUACCAACAAUUCAACAAAGUCCAGGAAACAAUACGGCAAGAAGUUUGAGACACUUGGCCUAAACAUCAGUGAGGAGGAAAUUUUUGCAUCAUCUUUUGCAGCUGCUGCAUACUUGAAGUCCAUUGAUUUCCCAAAAGAGAAAAAGGUUUAUGUGAUAGGUGAGGAUGGCAUCUUGAAGGAGCUUGAGCUUGCAGGAUUUCAGUAUCUUGGUGGACCAGAGGAUGGUGGGAAAAAGAUAGAAUUGAAGCCUGGGUUUCUAAUGGAACAUGAUAAGGAUGUCGGGGCAGUUGUCGUUGGAUUUGAUCGUUAUUUCAACUACUACAAAGUCCAGUAUGGAACACUAUGUGUGAGGGAAAAUCCCGGGUGUCUCUUCAUUGCUACAAAUCGUGAUGCUGUCACUCACCUAACAGAUGCUCAGGAAUGGGCAGGUGGCGGUUCCAUGGUUGGUGCUAUUGCCGGGUCAACUCAGCGUGAACCACUGGUUGUUGGAAAGCCCUCAACUUUUAUGAUGGAUUACUUAGCAAAUAAGUUUGGGAUUCUCAAGUCACAGAUAUGCAUGGUUGGGGACAGAUUAGAUACUGAUAUUCUGUUUGGACAAAAUGGUGGUUGCAAAACUCUUCUUGUUCUCUCAGGUGUGACUUCAUUGUCAAUGCUUCAGAGCCCUAAUAACUCCAUCCAACCAGACUUCUACACGAACAAAAUUUCUGAUUUUCUUUCUCUCAAAGCUGCAACUGUAUGAGCAUAGCAUGUACGAACGUUGUAUGCUCUGUCAUUUUGUCAAGUAUGGUUGCAGAUAUACAUCUGUGUUAUCUCCAAAACUUGGAAAAAGAAGAUGCACAUUUUGUGGAAGUCAGCAAGAUAUAAUUUUCCAGCUCAUAUUUACAUAGUUGUUCAAUUUGAACUUGAAGUUUAAUUUUGAGCAAGUUUUAUGCCUAA